CUAAGGAUGGCACUCAGGCAUUCAACGUUAUUUAUGUUACUUACUUUCCAUUCAGUUUCAUCAAAAGUUCUCCUGGAAAGAGAGGGAUCUACAACGGAUGAAACUGAAAGAAUAGUCGGAGGAAAAAGGGCUGAAAAUGGAAGAUUUCCAUGGAUGGUUGCAUUGUAUUAUAAUAAGCAGUUUAUAUGUACAGCCUCUAUAAUUUCUCCCACAACUAUCUUGACAGCUGCACAUUGUGUAAUUCUUGAAGGCCAAUUACAAGCUCCGCAAUAUUUUUAUGGGAUCGUAGGAAAUGUAAAUAGAAGUUCUCCAGACGUUCGUAUUAAUUUCAGAAGAGUUAUUCCUCAUCCCAUGUAUACAGGACUGGAAAAUGAUGUUGCUGUUUUGAAAACUGAAGGAGUUAUUCCAUUUGACGACAAUAUAAUGCCUAUCUGCAUUGCAGGACCAGAUUCAGGAUCUUUUGAAAAGAAAAAAGCACUUGCUAUGGGAUGGGGUAGCACAAGUCGAUCAAGAGACCGCCAAAAACUUCCUGAGAUCUUACAGUAUUCUUCCCAGAAGGUAGUCCCCAAUUCUCUCUGCUCUUUAACCUACCGAAUGCAGAUAGCAGACACGGGACUGUGUGCUACAGGAUUACUUAAGGGUAUUUGUGGCGGUGAUUCAGGUGGACCUUUAGUUUUCUUCCCAAAAGAUCAGCCACCAGUUGAAAUCGGAAUUGCCUCCUACAUCAAUUCCUUAAAAGGAUGCGGCAGACUCUUAGGUCCAGCUGUGUUCUCACGGAUCAGUGCUUAUUACGAUUUUAUCAUGCAAACAACUAAUGAUGGCCAAGUUUGUACAGUAUCAGUUAACUAGAUUCUGUAAAUAUUUGCUGCUCCUAAUAAAGAUUAAAUUAU